GCUAAAUUUACGAAAGGAGGUCUCCCCGUUGAAAAGCAUAAUUAGGAUAUUAAGGCCGUAACUAACUAAACACUAUACUAAAAGCGAAUAUUUCAAGGGUCGCCGUGCAGCUACCAUUCAAGUGCUAAAAGUAAAAAGAGAAACCCCCGAUCUGUGUUGGCAGUCAUUAGUUAUUAGACCAGCGACCGAUCAAUCCACAGUGCAUCUCAUUUUUAGAAUCGUCAGGAUCCAUUUUAAACAUUGUACAGUUUCGUUGUUUAAGUGUCCGAUUUGUUAUCCGUUCGUGCCUGUCCUGCAAGAUAUUUCGGUAUUCGGUAUACAUUACGUAUUCGUUGAUACGCUUUUCAGUUUUGUGUUGCCUAGAAUUUAACCAAUGCACUUUUUCUCAGUUCGCGCCAAAGCGGAGGAAAGCGUUUUGUUGCUUGGCGUUAGAAACAAUUUGAAGGGUAUGCUAAUAGUGCUAAUGAAGGUACAUACAUACGCGCAUAUACAAUACCAUACAUACAUAAUUAUAAUGAAAAUAAACAAAGCAACACUUCUUGAACAACAGAGAACAAGCAACGCUCAUGCAGAUAUAAAGAAAAUCAAUUUAGACAGCAACUGCUAAACUGCGAAAUUGCAUAUAUAUAUAUGAUUAAAAGGAACGGUUUACUUUUGAAAUAUAUAUAUAUAUAUACAACAACAUUUAUAUUUAGUACAUUAUAAAUUAGCAUACAUACACUGUAAAUAAAAAGAAAUAAAACCACAAGCACCAUCGACUUUUCGGCGACAAAGUAGAAAGUAGAGUGCCUUGAACUUGACAUCGGACAUCGGCUGGGAUUUUCGAUUUCGAUUACAUUUUUUAAAGUUUCAAGUUUCUUGGCCAAGAUGUCAUCAUUGGCUCCUUGCUUCACUGUGGGCUCAAUAGUGCGCUGCAAGACUUGUUUUGGCGACAACCUUUCGGGGGAGGUUGUGGCCUUCGAUCUGGGCGUGAAAAUGCUGAUAAUGAAGUGUCCAUCGAGCAAUGGCGGUGGCGACGAACAGACCACUUGCAAUGUGACCAUUUUGAAUCUAUCCCUGUGCAUGGAUAUUGAAAUAGUGAAGGAAACAAUGCCGCCGGCUGAAGUUCAGCAGCCAGAACCGAUUGAUAUACCCAUGAUCCGAGAACGAUACCGAUACGCAACCGAACAUCGUACUCUCUCCUGCCGGAGCUAUCAUCCCAAUGCCUCGCCCUUCGGACAAGCUUUGUUCAGGGUGUUGGUCAAGCGUUUCGGCGAUUCCGCAAUCAACUGGCAGGACCAAGGCGACCAAGUGGCGAUCAAUAUACUCCAUCAGGUGGUCAUCCAUGCGCCUUAUGCCACGGAUAAUAUUCGGUACCAGAGCUGGAAACCCAAGCUAGCGAUAUACGUCCGAGGGGUCGUUCAAAGCUUUUGCAGUAAACAAUUCUAGAAGGACGGCCG